AUGAAUGGCGACUCCUGCCAGAUCCGCCACACGAAGCCAGCGAACGGGCUGGCCUCGGGCGUGAACGGCGCCCGCCAUCAAAGCCCUUCGUCGGAGGCAGGCAAUGGGUGCGACGUUCUGAGCAGAGCAGCUUUUCGGAGCGGCGACGUUAAACCGGCCGAGGACGCGCGCAGGGCAGCCGGCGAUGCGGCCACGGAGCAGCAGCUGGCGCAGCUGUUGCCGCUGGUGCUGGGCGCACCGACCAGCGACGACGAGCAGCUGCUGGAGCUGUGCCGGCGCGCGGCGCAGCUAUCCGUCCGCACCGGCGACUUCCGCUUCCGCAAUCAGCUGUUCGGUGGCACGGACGAGUAUGGUCUGGCCGGCGCACUUCUCACCGAGUGUCUCAAUACGAGCCAGUACACGUUCGAGGUGGCCCCCGUCUUUACGCUCUGCGAGGCCGAGGUGCUGAGGCAUGUUCGUCGACUGAUUAGUUGGCCGGACGGCGACGGCAUCUUUGCCGCCGGCGGUUCGAUGGCCAACCAGUACGGCCUGGCGCUGGCACGCUACCACCGUCACCCGGAGGUGAAGACGCGCGGCCUGUUCGGCCGCCGCCCGAUGGUGGUUUUCACCUCUGAGGACGCUCACUACUCGAUCCUGAAGGCGGCCCACUGGCACGGCUACGGCUGUGACAAUGUGGUGCGCGUUCCGACGGAUGGGUGCGGCCGGAUGAGGCCCGACGCGCUGGAGGCGGCGGUGGCGCAGGUGCUGGCCGAGGAUCGUGAGCCGCUGGUGGUAAACGCCACGUGCGGCACCACCGUGCUCGGCGCCUACGACCCACUGCCGGAGAUUGCCGAUAUCUGCCAGCGGCACGGCCUCUGGCUGCACGUGGACGCGUGCUGGGGCGGCGCGGCGCUGCUCUCGCGCCGCUGGCGCCCACUGCUGGCCGGCCUGGAGCGUGCCGACUCGGUGGCCUGGAACCCGCACAAGAUGCUGGGCGCGCCGCUGCAGUGCUCCCUGUUCGUGACGCGCCACGCCGGCCUGCUGCACCGCUGCAACGCCGCCGCUGCCACCUACCUGUUCCAGCAGGACAAGUUCUACGACGUCAGCUUCGACACGGGCGACAAGUCGGUGCAAUGCGGUCGUAAGGUGGACGCCUUCAAGCUCUGGCUCAUGUGGAAGGCGCACGGCGACGCCGGCCUCGAGCGCAUGGUGGACGCGGCGUUCGCGGCGUCCCGUUACUGUGCCGACCAGGUGGCGCUGCGCCCCGGCUUCCGGCCGGUGCUGGCCGAGCCGCAGUGCGCUAACGUCUGUUUCUGGUACGUGCCACCGUCGCUGCGCGGCCAGGAGGAGACGGCCGCGUGGUGGCAGCACCUGUCCCAGGUGGCACCACGCGUCAAGGAGGCCAUGGUGCACAAGGGCUCGUUGAUGGUCGGUUACCAACCGCUGCCGCACAAGCAGCUGGUCAACUUCUUCCGCCUGGUGUUCACGUGUGUGCCGGAGCCUGGCAAGGCUGAGGUGGACUACGCUCUAGACGAGAUCGACAGGCUGGCGGACGAGCUGUAGUGGAGUCUGGUGCAGCGAGAGGAAAUUUGGCGCGGGUUGCCCAAACACUGGUCGUGUUGCAUCCUUCUUGAAAAUAAAGCUAGUUGUUCACAUAAGUGCAGAAUAAAUGUAAGCAGUUGAG